ACCCUUUCGAGAAAAACGAAGACUUUAAGCUAAGCAGAAGCGAAACUAGAUCGGCUAUGGCGAAUUUGGAAGAUAUUCAUACUGGUGAUCUCAUGACCGAGCUUCUACGACGCUUUAAAUGUGCAGAAAAGCCCGACAAACGCCUCAUCUUCAUAGGACCUCCUGGGUCAGGGAAAGGUACACAGUCCCCAGUAGUGAAGGAUGAGUAUUGCUUGUGUCACUUAUCCACUGGAGACAUGUUAAGAGCUGCUGUUUCUGCUAAAACCCCUCUUGGUGUCAAGGCCAAAGAAGCUAUGGACAAGGGAGAGCUUGUCUCUGAUGAUCUGGUUGUUGGUAUAAUUGAUGAAGCCAUGAACAAGCCGAAAUGUCAGAAAGGGUUUAUCCUUGAUGGGUUUCCCAGGACUGUUACUCAGGCAGAGAAGCUAGACGAGAUGCUUAAGAAGCGGGGAACAGAAAUCAACAAAGUUCUCAACUUUGCUAUCGAUGACUCAAUCUUGGAGGAAAGAAUAACCGGGAGAUGGAUCCACCCGUCGAGUGGCAGGAGCUACCACACAAAAUUCGCUCCUCCCAAAACCCCUGGAGUUGAUGAUAUUACUGGAGAGCCUCUGAUCCAACGCAAAGAUGAUAAUGCAGAAGUUCUAAGGUCGAGGCUUGCAGCUUUCCACAGCCAAACUGAACCGGUGAUCGAUUACUAUGCGAAAAAGGCUGUUCUUACAAACAUCCAUGCCGAGAAGCCUCCUCAAGAAGUUACAUCAGAGGUUAAAAAAGCAUUGUCCUCAUGAUCAAGAGAUCAUCUCCUCUGGUUAGAAUCCAUUCUUUUGCUUCCUACAAGAGAGACAAAUCUAUAUAUCACUGAUCUGCGGAAUUACCCCCCUUUUUUUUAGUCUUGGCGGCGCUUGCCUUUUUGACUAGUUUUUAAAAAAAAUCUGGAGAAUAAUUUUUAUACUUUGGAUCGAAACGAUCCUGAAUAUUCUCUGUUGUCUCCUGUCUAGCGCAGGAGUGUUUUGCUGCAUAUUCGCAGUCUCUUUUUACAUUCCUCUUUCUCUUAAA